UGUGUAAGCCGGCGCUUUAUGUGAGUUGAUGCCCAGAGGCAGGUUACGUUUAGGAGAUUAAUUUUUGAGUUAUAAAUUCUUAAAGUAAUCUUUCAAUUAGUGCGAUAGAAUUAAUCUAUCAUGGAAGAAUUGAUGCAGCAUUUAGGUAAAAUAAAAAUUCCAAAACAGACCGAUAAAAUAUAUAAGGAUGAAUGUGUUUAUUCGUUCGACACGCCAGAUUCACCUACAGGUUUAUAUAUUAGUCUAGCAACAUUUUUGGGGUUGGGACAAGACCAUGUUCUUCAUUACUAUCGGUUAACCCAUAAUCCUGUCUUUCUUCACAUAAAACGUACAAAGAAGGAGAUUGUACCUGAUCAAAAAGGAGAUGGUCCUGAUAAAAAGAUAACGAGAUUAGCCAUAGGAACUUCUGGUGGCUUUACACCGGAUCAACAAAAGUAUACUUAUUAUGAGGAAUAUAAAAUAUUUAUAUUGCCAAAGUUUACUGAAAUUUCUUAUCCUAGGGAGGGUCUGCCAGCACAAGUAGAACUAUCUGUCAAAUUGAUACUGGAAUCAGAUUCUGCAUUGAAAGUCGCAGAAACAGAAACUUUAGCUGGAACUUGGGAUGGUGAAAUAAAAGCUGUAACUAAGCAUGCCAAGAAUUUGAAGCAAUUGGAUAAUGGUAUAAAAAUUUCUCCAAGCGGUUGGAAGUGCGAGAAAUGUGAUCUCAGACAGAAUCUUUGGCUUAAUCUAACCGAUGGCUCUAUUCUUUGCGGACGUAAAUUUUACGAUGGCACUGGAGGGAAUGAUCAUGCAGUUGAACAUUAUCGUAAUACGAAUUAUCCACUCGCUGUUAAAUUGGGUACCAUAACAAAGGAAGGAAAAGCAGACGUUUUUUCAUACGAUGAAAAUGACAUGGUAGAAGAUCCUAAUUUAAUAGAGCAUUUGGCCCACUGGGGAAUUAACAUCACUCAAAUGGAAAAAACUGAUAAAUCUAUGGUCGAGUUAGAAUUAGACCUUAAUCAAAAAUUCGGAGAAUGGGUUGCCCUUCAAGAAGCUGCUAGCAAAUUAACGCCAUUGUAUGGGGCUGGCUACACUGGUCUUGCUAAUCUUGGAAAUUCUUGUUAUCUAAAUAGUGUUAUGCAAAUGUUAUUUGCUAUUCCCGACUUUAUAAAAAGAUUUGUAGAUGGUGCACCGUACAUAUAUAAACAAAAUUACACUGAUCCAGCUAAUGACUUUAAUGUUCAAAUGUCUAAACUCGGAGUUGGAUUACUUUCGGGAAGAUAUUCCGUAUCACCACUAUCAAACACAGAUGAUGAUUCGCGACAAGGUAUUCCUCCAAGAAUGUUCAAAACCUUGAUUGGUCGUGGACAUCCAGGUUUUUCCUCAAAUCGGCAACAAGACGCUCAGGAAUUCCUUCUACAGCUCAUUAACAUUUUAGAUGUCGAAGAACGUUAUCAAUGCACAAGUUCUGGUAAAGUGAAAUAUACUUAUCGUCCUGAAUACAUCUUACCAUUACCUAUACCAUUAGAAGCGGCAACUAACAAGGAAGAAGUUGCGGCAUAUGAAGCACUGAAGAAAGAAACAGAAGCAAAAGGACAAAAAGUAGACCCAAAUGCAUUCGUGAGGCUACGUAUUAAACUAAUGUCUUGCCUGGAAACUUUUAUACAACCGGAAAUAGUCGAACAAUUUUACAGUACCGCAUUGAACGAAAAAACAACCGCGCAAAAAACAACGAGAUUGGCCACAUUUCCUGAUUUCCUAUUGUUGCAUUUGAAAAAGUUUACUAUGAAGGAAAAUUGGAGCCCUGUUAAAUUAGAUGUAGCUAUAGAAAUGCCAGAUGUAAUAGAUCUGAGCUCUUUACGUGGCUUAGGUUUACAACCUGGAGAAACUUUGUUACCGGAUUUAGCUGGUUCUGACCCACCAUCUCCAGUCUACGAUCGUAGUAUUUUAAAUAACCUAACAGAUAUGGGUUUCCCUCAAGAAGCUUGUAAACGAGCUUUGUAUUUCACCGACAAUCGUAGUGUAGAAGCAGCUACUAAUUGGGUGAUGGAACAUAUUGGUGAUUCUGAUAUUGCGGAUCCGUUCGUGCCUCCUGGAAUUGAUGUUAAAACAGGAAGUGAUAAAUUUGUACCAAAUGACAAUGCAUUGGCAACGGUAAUGAGUAUGGGUUUUACUAAAGAACAAGCAAUAAAAGCUCUCAAAGCGACUAAUAAUAAUUUAGAACGCGCAGCCGAUUGGAUAUUUAGUCAUCAAGUUGAAUUGGAUGACGGUGAAAACGAUGCUGGAUAUUCAGACGAUAUAUUUCGAGAUGGAAGUAAUCAAUACAAAUUAGUAGGAUUUAUAUCACAUAUGGGGACGUCAUCAAUGGUAGGACAUUACGUUUGUCAUUUGUUGAAAAAUAAUCGAUGGGUGAUAUAUAAUGACGAUAAAGUUGCUUUAUCUGAAAAUCCACCUAAGGAGCUGGGAUACAUAUACCUCUAUCAACGUAUCGAAUAGAUUACUUGAUAUUGACUUUGUAUAAAAAAAAAAAGAAAAAAAAUAUUAUAUCAUCCUUUAACAAUAAAAAAUACGGCAAAUAAUAA